AAGUUCCUGUCUCGUCGUCGUUGUCAGGAAAAUUACAAAACAUCAGCAUCAGCAUCAUGCACCGAAGAACUCGCCUCAGUUUGCGGUCAUCCAUUGUGCACGAUAAAGAAAACGAACAUGAGGAACAGACUACUCCCAGGAAGCGCCGGUCAAAGCUUCCAGUCAACGUCAGCGAGCACGAAAGGGAUGACGAGUUUGUUCCUUCUCCAAAGAAAUCGGCUCGCAAGAGCCGUGGACGCCCAUCAUUGCAGCUUCCAAAGCCAGUCGUUGAGAGUGAGGAUGCGGAAGAAACGGACACAAGCUGGCAAGAAGGUGGUGCAUCGGAACUCGUAGGCAAAUUGCCGGAACGGGAGAAGGAAUACGACCAGCUGGUGACGUACGUGGAGAAUGUUUUGGACAAGGGCGGUUCGGGUAGUUUGUACAUCAGUGGUCCACCGGGAACGGGAAAAACCGCAACACUGCAGCGGAUCCUGAACCAUGGUCCUUUCGUUGGCAAGUUGCGGCCAGUCUACAUCAACUGCACCUCGAUCAAAAGUGUCGGCAGUAUCUACAAGAAGAUCUCCGAAGCGCUAGGGUUGAAGGUGUCCGGAGGGACGGAGAAGGUCUACCAGGGCGCCAUCGAGGCGUACCUCCAGCGAAAGCACAAAACCGUCAUGCUCGUGCUGGACGAAAUCGAUCAGCUAUCCAACAGUAAGCAAACGAUUCUCUACUCGAUCUUCGAAUGGCCCUCGCGUGCCACCGCUCGCCUCAUCCUCAUCGGUAUUGCCAACGCGCUCGAUCUCACCGACCGUCUCCUGACCAGAUUGAAGGCUCGAUGUGAUCUGAAACCGCACGUUAUUCAGUUCCUGCCCUACACCAAGCAACAGAUUGUGACGAUCCUCAAGUCCUGCCUCGAAGCUACCGAUUCCCUCGCACGUUUCCCCGAGCCCGCGCUGGCUCUGCUUGCGGCAAAGGUGGCGUCCACCUCGGGGGACAUUCGGCGAGCGCUGUUCAUUGCGCGUCGGCUAACCGAGGGCGUUAAGAAAGAAGAUAGGAAAAAUGGAACCGCAACUACCACGGCGGUCACGACGGUCAGCAUGCGGCAGGUGAUGGCUGUCCUGAACCAGGUGUACGGUGGAGCUCAGACGCUUAGCCAGGACCUGGACGAGGGUUUCCCGUUGCAGCAGAAAAUCCUCAUCUGCUCGCUGAUGCUUGUGCUGAAGCACGGCAAGAACAAGGACAUUACGGUGGGAAAGCUGCACGAUGUGUACCGUUCGAUCUGCGUCAAGCGCAACAUUCACGCCGUCGAUCAAACGGAAUUCAUAAACCUUUGCUCGCUGGUGGAAACACGGGGCAUCAUGCGGCUGCAAGGCAAAAAGGAGCCCCGUUUGCACCGGGUGUAUCUGCAGUGGGAUGAGGAGGAAGUGAGUGCGGCACUGAACGAUAAGCAGCUCAUCAAUAGUAUCAUGGACGAUGUGUCUUGUUUGGGAAAGUAGCACUUUUUUAACGGUUAUUUAUUAUCUUAGGAGUCAAUUUAUAAAAGUGUGAAAAUAUUUUUUAUAACGAUUUAUGAAUAAAAAUAACGAUUUUGAUUGUGAAACAUUA